AUGGCUUUGACUACAAAAACUCACCAUCUUCAGAGAUCUUUCCUCUCUCCGGAGCGUCUUUCCGGCCAGCGAUAUUCGGAAUCUGCGCCGCCGUCAUAUCUGAGAUUCCGCCGUAGCGGUGUGCAAUGCUCGGUGGUGGCUAAAGAGUGUAGAGUGAAAGGAGUGAAAGCGAGACAGAUUAUUGAUAGUAGAGGUAAUCCGACGGUUGAGGUUGAUCUGAUUACCGAUGAUCUGUAUCGGUCGGCUGUUCCCAGUGGUGCAUCUACCGGGAUCUACGAGGCGCUUGAGCUUAGAGAUGGAGAUAAGAGCGUCUAUGGUGGUAAAGGUGUUUUACAGGCUAUUAGAAACAUCAACGACUUAGUGGCUCCGAAACUCAUCGGAGUUGACGUUAGGAACCAAGCUGAUGUUGAUGCGCUUAUGUUGGAGCUGGAUGGGACACUGAACAAGUCGAAACUCGGGGCAAAUGCUAUUUUAGGAGUAUCGUUGAGUGUUUGCAGGGCAGGUGCUGGAGCUAAAGGAGUGCCUUUGUACAAACAUAUCCAGGAACUAUCGGGAACAAAGGAGCUUGUCAUGCCAGUUCCUGCAUUCAAUGUGAUCAAUGGAGGUAGUCAUGCUGGGAAUAGUUUGGCUAUGCAAGAGUUUAUGAUACUACCGGUAGGAGCAACCUCAUUCUCGGAAGCCUUUCAAAUGGGAAGUGAAGUCUAUCAUACGUUGAAGGGGAUAAUCAAAUCUAAGUACGGUCAAGAUGCUUGUAAUGUUGGAGAUGAAGGAGGAUUUGCUCCGAAUGUUCAAGAUAACAGAGAGGGACUAGUUUUGCUCAUAGAUGCAAUUGAAAAGGCCGGUUACACUGGAAAGAUCAAAAUAGGAAUGGAUGUUGCUGCAUCAGAGUUUUUCAUGAAAGAUGGUAGAUACGAUCUGAAUUUCAAGAAACAACCAAACGAUGGAGCUCAUGUUCUAUCAGCUGAGAGUCUUGCUGAACUCUACAGAGAAUUCAUCAAGGAUUUCCCAAUUGUCUCUAUCGAAGAUCCUUUCGACCAGGAUGAUUGGAGCUCAUGGGCUUCAUUGCAAUCCUCUGUGGAUAUCCAACUCGUCGGGGAUGACUUGUUGGUCACUAACCCGACUAGAAUAGCUGAAGCUAUUAAGAAAAAGUCUUGCCAUGCUCUACUGUUGAAGGUUAACCAGAUUGGAACAGUGACCGAGUCAAUUCAAGCAGCACUUGACUCAAAAGCUGCAGGCUGGGGUGUGAUGGUUAGUCACAGGAGUGGCGAGACAGAGGACAACUUCAUCGCAGAUCUUUCUGUUGGUUUGGCAAGCGGACAGAUCAAAACUGGAGCUCCAUGCCGAAGUGAACGAUUGUCAAAAUACAACCAGCUUCUACGUAUCGAAGAGGAACUCGGCAAUGUGCGCUAUGCCGGCGAAGCUUUCAGAUCACCAUGA